AUGGUCCAGCAAUUGACGGUUCUAGGUUUGCCAGUGGACAUGUCCAAGGAAUCACUGCAGACAGAUGGAGACGUGUCCCUCUAUCUGCACGCUGAACUUCUCCCUAACAUUCGUCAAAUCACCCUCUACAUCUCGAUUCCUCGCAAACCAGCUCUCCAUGCGAUUCGACCACAAAUACAGCUCUCGGAAUCUCGCAAGGCAGUCACGGUUUCUUUACCAGAACCUCUCCAUAAUGUAACGGAGACGAUCAAGUUACCGGCGCGUGUCAGCGAUGCCUCUCGCCGGAUAUUGAAUACCAACAUGGCCCCAACCAAACAACCCACAGACGCGAGCUAUGACUACUCGUUUAGAAUGCAGAUCGACCCGACUGACCCGACUCUAAUGUUGAAAGAUGAACUGACCGAUGACCAUGAACCCUGGACGGCGGCUGAUAUGUCAACAUCGACUCGCAUUCGAUGCCGUACUUGUGGAACCCACUUCUUGGAUGCUUCUGGCCCUCCGAAUCUGUCAAUUGAGGGACAGAAUCACACUGCAGGGUGGACGUGGAAGGAUCUUCCAAGUGGGAACUGGGCCGAGAUGAUGGACUUCUGGCACUGCCACAAGCCGGAUCCCCACGAGGAUGACCCCAAAUCCGAAGCCAAUGCGGCACUUAAGAUUGAGGAACAGAAUGCUCAGAUAAAAGGAUACGGAGCUGGUAGCCGCGUUGAAGCCAUUCCUGGAAAUGUUCUCAUCGAUGUGGCUACGUUCUUGCUUGCAGAAUCAGAUUGCGUGGGAUUAAAAAAGGGGAAUGAAGAGGAAGCAAAAUCAAAUCCUACGCCAGCUCAACAAAGAACAUUGGACUGUGUAUCUUGCAACGCAAUCAUCGGCAUGGAGGAUCCCACUGCUAAUGGAUGGCGCCUGCUGAAGGCGAACGUGGCUCUAAAUACCAACGGCCCCGAGGAUUCCGAAGAGCAGUGGCAAAGCCACCCCGCCGAAAUCAUCGUCGCAGCACAAUUACUCGAACUAAUUGAGCGAGAAAGCGCACGGAGAUUCGUAGUCCACUGUGGACAAAAGAGUGGACUUCUGCUUUGGGUCUUCAACCCAGAUCUUCGCUAUUCCAACUCCAAUUCAGGAUACAGUGUCAAUGCACAACAAGCGAUGAAAGUGUUUUAUCAGACAACGGAGGAUGUUGAUUCAAUACUGAAUCGUGACAUGGGUAGACCGUCCCCUCUGUCUCUAGAGGAGCUGGAACUUCCUUCAAUGAUUUUCCAAGCCUUGUCUGCUGCAUUGACGCAUAGCAAUCAGAUGCUGCCUCUCUCGGCGAGACAAUUCAACGAGUGGACCGUUGGACUUUUGGAUCGCUAUAGCCGAGCUACAUCAAAAUAA